GCUGCUUUAGUAGUAUCGACAUUGCAAUGUAACAGAAGCUUGGGAGAGUUCAGUCACAACAAUUUCCCCUGGAUCUAUAAAUUAUAAAAAGUAAUUACUACCACCUAUUGGAAGCACGUUCUAGUUCAUGCAGAAUGCUCCUUAGCGUCCCCAGUUUCCGUAGUAAUGACUAGAGUUAGUAUAAGCAGACGAGAAGAGAGGGGAAAAUCGUGAAGAUCCAGUGCAUAAUACAAGAAAGUUCUGAUAAGUGACCAUUCACCUGAAGUACCCAGCAGAUGUAGCUGAACAUUGUGAUAAUCCAGUCGCAGAAGACAGGACUGAAACCAGCCAACAUGAGAACAGCUGACAAGAAUUAUUUUUAUUUUCGAAACUGGCUUUCUAGAGGAAGAUGUCACACUGACUAAAGAAAACACCUACUUUGAAAAUUGUGACAGGUCAUUCAGUCAAGGUAUACGAGAUUUAUAUGAAAGCAAUUUUUAGAAUUGUUGAUACACGCUGUUAUGUUAUUGUGAACGUCCAGGGAAUUAUUGUUAAAAGAGAAAAUGAUGCAUACUGGAGAGAAACUAUACUGCUGUGAUAUUUGUGAUAAAACAUUCUCUAACAACAGUAAUUUAAGGAGACAUAAACGAACUCAUACUGGAGAGAAACCAUACGACUGUGAAUUUUGUGGGAAAGAAUUUUCAUCUAAUUUUAAUUUAAAAAAGCAUAAAACUAUUCACACUGGAGAUAGGCCGUAUCGCUGUGAAAUUUGUGGUAAAGGUUAUUCAUGCAAUGUACAUUUGAAGAGACAUGAAAUGGUUCACUCAGAAGAGAGACCUUAUUACUGUGAUAUUUGUGGUAAAACAUUUGCAAGUAGUAGUGACAUAACAAGACAUAAAAUAGUUCAUACAAGGGAGAAACUAUUCCAGUGUGAAAUUUGUGGUAAAACUUUCUCAUAUAAUGGUGAUUUGAAACAACAUAAAAUGGUCCACACUGGAGAGAGACCAUACCGCUGUGACAUAUGUGGUAAAGCAUUCUCUAGAAGAUAUGGUGUAACUAGGCAUAAAAUGGUUCACAUUAGAGAAAAUCCAUAGUUAUGGACUAUUAUAAUUAUAGGUAUCCGUCCAUGAGAAGAAGAAUGAAAUGAGAUUUUAUGUUUAUUUCUUUCUGUGGCAUUUACAGAAUCAAUGUUGAUUAGCUACAACCCAGGCUGCAAAUUUGGUUUAAUGAACAGCUAGAGAUCUUGUAAGAUUGUUUACAUUUUCUGUCAUGUGGUUCCUAUCGGAGAGAAACUCCACCUUUGUGAAAUCUUUCAUAAAUGCUUUUAAAGAAAAUGGCUCAAUUAAACAUUUUAAAAAAUAAGCUAUUCACCCCCCCCCACCACCACCACCAAUCAAAUGUGGCUGAUGUUCUAGCUAGAACAUCUGGAGGAAAAAUCUUGGUGGUGAGAGAAUGGUUUUAAUGUUUGCAACAGAUGAAUUGUGCUAAGGGCAACCAGCAAGUGGGUUUUGUUAAAUCUGAUGAUGCGUUGGAGCUACAGCCUAUGGAAAUGAUUUAUAUUGAAAAUACAAUCUAGCAGCAUUGUUGUAUUGACAGGAAAAUGUUUCCUGAAUAUAUUGAUUCUAGGAAUUGAGCUAAAUAGAGUAUCAUUAUAUUGGGAAAAUUUAUUUUUUAAGAAAUACAUUCAUAUUUAACAUAAAUUGCUUCAAGCUGAGGAGAUGGCAUGCUUUGUUGUCCAAAGAUAUUAUGUUGAAUAUUAUGAUAGGAAAAAGUCAGUUUUAUGACAUGUGCGAAUCCUAGCAUUGUAGAGUGGACAUUAAACAUUACAAAUAAAUAGACCUUUAGAAGAAAGUGAUAGCCAUAAAAAUUUCUGAAAAGAUAACUGUGAAAUCUGAAACAGUUUGUUCUACUCAAGGGUAAAACUUUUACUUUAAGCAUUGUGGAAAUAUGAACAUUGUCUGAAGAUAACAUGACAUGAAUAAAACAACAUCUGAUAUUAUUUAUGAUUAAAAUACUAUAGAACAGUUAGUGUUGACCAAUAUAUGUGUAUAGUAAUAAAAGAAACCAUACAUUGUUUUAUCCUUUUACUAAAUUAGGACACUGUUUCUAUGGGUUUUAGUCAAUUACAUCAAACCCAGUACUUACUUUAUCAAUCUAUAUUUAUUGAAUUGUUAAGUUAGGCUUUGAUAUAAAUGAAAACAAUGCUGAUAAACAUGACACAGUGAUACGUACAUUUCAUUUGUGUCACAUCUGCUUUCCCAUACUGGUAUGGGUUGCUGGAAGAUGAGACAGUACUUUAUGGCCAGAUACCCAUCAUGUCACCAACCCGUAUCUGUUUUUUUUCAAGUAAGGGGUUUAAAAAAAAUUCCACUGGUCUUCACAAGUAUAGAAUUACAACUGCAGAAUGUAUCGUUUACAAGGAAUAUAGACAUGACAUUACAGUUUUGCUCAAGCACCAUCGUGCAAGGAUAUGUGGAAUGUAAACUUCCAUACACACACACACAUGUAUCUACAUCACCAUCAUCAUUUUAAUGUCCACAUUUCCAUGCUUGCAUGACUCAAAUGGAAUUAGUUUAGGCAAAUUUUCUAUGGCUGAGUGCUUUUCCUGUCACCAAGCCUCCUGAUUCCAAUUCAAGUAAUAUUUCUCUAGAGCUGGGCAUGUUUCCUUUGAAGUUUGGAAACAAAGGAUAAUGCUUGUAUGACAACAAUAGUUGUUUUACAACUAUUGUGUGAUGCCAAGACAAGGAGAUAUAAAAAAAAAACACACCUUCACACAUUCUCACACACACACUUGUAUAUAUGAUAAGCUUGUUUCAGUUUUUGAUUACCAAAUUCAUUCAAAGAUUUGUUUGGUACAGACCUUUAAUAAAAGAUAUUUAUCCAAGUAGAACUGAACCCAAAACCAUAAGGUUGGGAAGCAAACUUCUUAACCAGACACCAUAUCUGUCUAUCUGUCAGUGAUUGAUACAAAUAUAUUGAUGUGUGUGUGUGUGUG